AUGGACAGAGGAAACCACACUGCCUCUGAGUUCAUCCUCCUGGGGCUGUCCAGCUGGCCCAAGAGGCAGGAACUGGUCUUUGGGCUCUUCCUUGUAAUGUACCUGGUCGGGGCAGCAGGGAACUUGCUCAUCAUCCUGGCUGUUGGCUCAGAUUCCCACCUCCACAUGCCCCUGUACUUCUUUCUCAGCAACCUGUCCCUGGUAGAUUUCUGCUUCCUCUCUGCCACAGUCCCCAAGAUGCUUGUGAACAUCCAGGCGCAGACUCAGUCCAUUUCCUAUGGGGGCUGCCUGGCCCAGAUCUACUUCUGCAUUUUGCUUGCCAACAUGGACAACUUCCUCCUGACAGCAAUGGCUUAUGACCGCUACGUGGCCAUCUGCCACCCCCUGCACUACUCCACCAAGAUGGGUCUGCAAAUCUGUGUCCUGAUGCUGGGCAGCUCCUGGCUCAUUGCCAACAUCCACUCCCUGCUACACACCCUCCUCAUGGCUCAGCUGGAGUUCUGCGCCAGCAACGUCAUCCCUUACUUCUUCUGUGACCUUGUUCCCCUGCUCCAGCUCUCCUGCUCCAACACCCAACUCAACCAGCUCAUGAUUCUGCUGGUGGGGGGAUUGAUUGUCCUCAUUCCCUUCUUUGGCAUUUUCAUCUCCUACAUCUAUAUUGCGUCUGCUGUGCUCAAGGUCCCAUCUGCCCAAGGAAAACAGAAGGCCUUUUCCACCUGUGGCUCCCAUCUCACCAUAGUCAUCCUCUUCUAUGGGACCAUCACAGGGGUCUACUUGAGUCCCUCAUCCUCCCACUCAGCUGACAAGGCCUCGCUGGCCUCAGUGAUGUAUAUGGUGGUCACCCCCAUGCUGAACCCCUUCAUCUACUGCCUGAGGAACAGGGACAUGAAGGGAGCUCUAAGGAAACUGUUCAGUGUGAAGGCUUUAUCCUGUGAGCUGUGA